CUACGUCUUUGAUAUCGCUGUGAAAAAAAAUGUAAUUCCAUUUUUGAACACUUGUUUUGGUGCACUGGGCUCUUGUUUCUUAAAUUCAGUGUUGCAAUAUUUUGGUAGCUUAUUUUCAACUUUUUGGUAGUUUUCUUUUAUAUGGCCCGUACUUUGGAAGACUUGAUUAUAGUGAAACGUACGGCCUUACGGUACCUUUUAGCGAGGGAAUCUAGACUUUUAGCGCUCGGUAAAAGACCUGUGAACAAGAAAAUCGCUAACUUCGUUAGGGAUCAUCAGAAUGAGGAGAAUGUUUGGGCCACUUUCAUGGACACUUUGAAUGAAGAUUUGACGAGGAAUAUUAAAGUGUACAGUCUGAAAUUCGAUAGUGAGGAUUGCAGUGUAAUAAAGAAUACGCCGAAAAGGUGCCGACUUGAUUCUGAGUCUAGAAAUAUUUUGGAGCAUUACAAAAUUGUGACUUGCGGCGGCAGAAUGGUGGACUCCCCGAUCGCGACGGUGGAAGAGGGCCAGCUCCAAGGCAAGCUAGUCCACUCGCCCAGCGGGAAGGCCUUCUACAGCUUCCAAGGCAUCCCCUACGCGAAACCACCCAUUGGCUCCUUGAGGUUUAGAGCUCCUCAACCACCAGAGCCAUGGGAGGGUAUACGCGAUGCCACAACGGAAGGCAACAGCUCAGCACAGCUCGACUACUUGGCCAAUAACCAAUACCUGGGCGACGAGAACUGCCUAUUCCUAAACGUUUACACUCCAACUCUAGAUGGAGAAUUCCUUCCAGUCAUGGUCUAUGUCCACGGAGGAGGCUUUCGCUGGGGAUCGAGCAGUACCUACUACUUUGGGGGCGACUAUUUAGUCGAGAAAGACGUAGUCAUAGUCACUAUUAACUACAGAUGUGGACCAUUGGGCUUCCUGAGUCUCAACACCCCUGAAGUCCCUGGAAAUGCCGGCAUGAAGGACAUGGUCCAAGCUCUCCGAUGGGUCAAACAGAACAUUCAAAACUUCGGAGGAAACUCUCGGAAUUUGACAAUUUUCGGUGAAAGCGCCGGUGGAGUCUCAGUCUCUUUGCUAACAGCUAGCCCAAUGUCGAAAGAUUUGAUAAGUAAAGCCAUUAUACAGUCCGGAACGGCAUUAUGCAGUUGGGGGAUGCAAAAUAAUCCAUUGGAAAACGCAAGGGUCUUAGCAAGCGAAUUAGGAUGCGAGUCCAAAGACUUACAUGAAAUAUUGGAGUAUCUGUCUACCACUCCAGUAAGAGAUAUAGUGGAGGCAGCAGAGAGAAUGAAUCCGACGCAAGCUUUUGUGACCGGCAAAACUUUGUUCGGACCAGUGGUUGAGAAAGAAUUUGCUGGCGUCGAGGCGUUCUUAACCGAAGCAUUUAUCAGUGUUUUGACAUCUGGUCGUGUGGCUGAUGUGCCUAUUAUGAUUGGUUCGAACGCCCUUGAAUUCACUUACGACCCACUAAGCGACGAUUUGCUAUCGUUCGUCCCGCCUGAAUUAAACAUUGAAACGAACACACCAGAGUCCUUAGCCAUAGUCGAAGGAAUUAAGCAAUUGUACUUUAAAGAAGACCCAACAGUCGAUAAAUACAAGUUACUUUCUGACUUCCUCAUAAACAUUGGGACGCAUAGAUACGUGCAAUACUUAUUGAAUGUUACCAAUAAACCAGUAUACUACUAUAAGUUUGGGUAUGUUGGGGAAUUGAAUAUUUCGAAGGAUAUUUUCAAGAGCGUGUCCUUGAAUUACGCGGCCCAUUUCGAUGAGCUGGGGUACUUAUUUAAGAACGAGCCAACGAAGGACGUGGAGCCAACUCCUCAGGAUGUUAAGACGAGGGAGAGGAUGCUGCGGUUGUGGACCAACUUCGCUAAGACUGGGAACCCAACACCAGACGAAAACCACUACCUAACUGUAACCUGGUUACCAGCAACCAAGGACAAAGUCUACUAUAUGAACAUUAACAACGAACUUACAAUGGACACAAACCCUGACAAAGAAAAAAUGGAAUUCUGGGACAAUUUGUAUAGCAAAUACUUCAAAAUCUGGGACCACCAGAUCACUAAUGAUGACGUCACACCAAUAAGUGCACCGAUUUCACCGAAAAGUGAACCAAUUUCACCGAAAAGUGAACCGAUUUCACCCAAAAAUGAACCAAUCAUCGUUGCUACAUCACCACUUAUAGUUGAAGAGACUAUCAUCACUACUGUCACAACUGUUGUCAACGAGAAAGGUGAAGAGAAGACCAGCACGGAAGUACUAGUCGAUGUACAAGAUAGCACUGGACAGCAUUACCAAGAAUCGUUCAACGAUCUGAAAGGAAAUCUUGAGCAAAACUUUGAUCAUGUUCAGGAUAAAUUAGCUCAAAUUCCCGAUAACUUAACACAGAUUCCCGAUAACAUAGCACAGGUCCCCGAUAACAUAGCACAGGUCCCCGAUAACAUAGCACAGGUCCCCGAUAACAUAGCACAUGUUCCAGAUAAUCUAGCACAUGUUCCAGAUAAUCUAGCAAAGGUUCAGGGUAACUUGAAGAAUGAAACCAUGUUUGUUGUAGACAACCCAAUCAAACCAGACGUCAUAAUCACAGGGCAUAGUGUUGUCGAUGAGUUCCCAGAAAAGUUGGUCAACAUCGUCAAGUUGCAGGAGAAAUUUUCGAAUAAUCAAAAUGGCGGUGAAGAGCACAAGUUUAACGGAAACUUUGAGAAGAAACCGCGCCCGUCAAACGAAAUUAAGAUGGUACAAAAUAGCAACAUCAACCCUAAAGACGUGAUUAGGGCGAACGAUCCGCCAGAGGACGAUUUGCCCAAGAACAUUGGUGUUAAUAAGUUCGUUAAUUUCUUCGAGUCCUUGGGCGGGAAGAAGUAAAUUAUUUUUCGGGGUUUAGUUUGGUCACACGAGCGAUUUGUCGCACCGUCAGUUUGUUGAGACGAUUUUGUGUCAACGGAACAAAACUGUCUCACUAAUCAUUAUUCCUACACUGUAUCUUCACUUUAAUGCCAUACAAACACCUCACAAGUAAAGGUGAACUUUAUAGGUAAAAAAAAUUGUAACAACUGGUCAAGUUUCUAGAACAACGCACAUUUUGACUGUACAUUUUAACAAUAACUUUGAAUGCCCUUGAAUGUAUAGGCUGGCUAGAUUUAAACUAAAUUGACACGUAGGUAUAUUAUAUAAGUAAUUUUAUCGUUUUUUUUCAGGGAACAUUGUGAAAAUUAGCACUAUUUUUAGGCUGAUUUAGUUCAGUUUAGAUAUUGCGUACAAGCGAAUUAGCAGCAUAGUCAUCCUUGUCACAUGUUCUCUGCAGAAGAGGAUAGCAAUACUUUGCGUUUAUUACUAUUUGCUCAAUUAAUGCAGACUUGUAUAUCAUUCUACGACUCGCGAGUUAAGAUAGGUCAAAACAAAAAGUUCGGGAAGUUUUUGAAGCAAAAAAUCGCAAGUGUGACCACACCCUAUUUCUGUAACUUGUCAUGCAUUUUUU